CUUUGCUUCGAACAUACAAGACUAUGUGGCAAAUACAGUUUCCGGUGUUCUUAAUCCAAUUUUGGACGAUCCACUACAACAACCGAUUGCAGCGGGUGCUGGUAGUUCUCAAAAUGGUGCACCAUUCAAUUUCAGCUCGGCUACGAAUGGACCAUCUCGUCAGACACGACCAACGCCUAAUAGUGCUGCUCAUACAACUUCAACAGCACCAGCAUCCGAAGUAGGAAAUGUAGACGAUGAAAUGGAAGAAAUCCAUCCAUUAUUGAAGAAAAUUUCAAAAGA